CAACCCUUCUGUUGGCCACUGAUAACAUGAGGAGAGGCGGGGGGCACAAGAAGAACAAUUUAACAGUCCUGAAAAAGGAGAUACCUGGCAAAUGGGUUAAGAAAAUGUGUGAGAGAGAUCCCUCUUCUUUUGCUCUUCCUUACUGAAGGAAAGCAUGAAGGCAGACCAGCGCGGAAAUGAUCAGCCAGCGCCUGUCAGUGCUUCUUGCAGGGACUGUUCUCCUGUGAAGAGUGUGGGCGAAGCUGACAGGGAGCAACCGUGUUCUGAGGCGUAUGAUCCCCAAAGUAGCCUGGAUCCUCUUUUAUAAAAUCGAGUUUGCUUCAUUCCUCAGAGACCAGAAUGGGAAGAGCAAGAAAAUGAAAGCUUCUGUGUCUUCUUGUCACCUCAAAAUGAGUUCCUUCCUACUCAUUCUCACCAUUUUCUGGGUUCUCCCAACUAUUAAUAAUGUACAUCCUGCCCAGCUGACAGUGAAUGGGCCACUUCAGCCGGUCACUGCUUUCCUGAGCAAGGAUAUUGUGCUACGCUGUCACCUGUCCCCCAGGACAAGCGCCCAGGACAUGGAGAUAAAGUGGUUCCGCCCCCAGAAGUCUUCGUAUGUCCACCUUUAUCACGGCGGCAGAGAUCAUCUGGAAAGGCAGCUGCCAGAAUAUCAAGGAAGGACCGAGUUUUUGAAAGAUGGCAUUGGUGAGGGGAAGAUUGAACUGAAAAUUCUCAAUGUCAGCUUUUUGGAUGAGGGACAGUACCACUGCUCUGUUAAGCAAGGGAGUUUCCACCAGGAAGCCACACUGGACAUGCGACUGGCUGUAUCAGGCACUGCUCCACUCAUCGCCAUUGAAGGUUACCAAGGCAGAGGGAUACGAGUAGUGUGUCGUUCCAGUGGCUGGUACCCAAAGCCAGAGAUCCUAUGGAUUGAUCCCAGUGGGAGACUUCUCCCUGCACCGGCUAAAGCAGCUUCUCAGAAGAACAGUGGGUUGUUUGACGUACAGAAUGAAAUAAUCGUAACGGGACAUUCAGAUCAGAAGUUGACCUGUGUGGUCAGGAACCUCCUGCUCAACCAGAACCAGAGCUCGACAAUUCAUAUAACAGAUCACUUCUUCCAAAAGGUUUCUCCCUGGAUAAUCGGUCUGAGUGUAUCGUUAAUAAUAGCUGUGCUGAGCCUCAUUGUAUCUGUUCUUUACCUGCUUAACGGAAACAGAAAGCUCAGAAAAGAACUGAGUUGGAGGAACUUGGUGAUGCCAAUAGAAAAAGCAAACGUGACUUUGGAUCCGGACACGGCAAACCAUGACCUGAUCCUGUCUCCAGACCAGAAGAACGUCAUACAAGGGUUCAUGUGGCACAGCCUGCCGGACAACCCCGAAAGAUUCAGAGCCGACCGCUGCGUGCUGGGAACAGAGGGGUUUUCCUCAGGGAGGCACUACUGGGAAGUGGAGGUGGGGGAGGAGGGCUACUGGGCGGUGGGGGUGGCCAGGCAAUCCGUGAGGAGGGACGGGAAGCUCAGCCUGGAGCCUGAAGAAGGCAUCUGGGCUGUGGAGAAGAGUCGGGUCCAGUAUCAAGCCCUCACUGUUCCAGAGACUCCGCUGUCCCUGCAGAAGAAACCCCGGAAACUUGGGAUUUACUUGGACUACGAGAUGCAGCAAGUGACAUUUCACGAUGUCAAUCACAAGACACACAUCUACACGUUCCCCUCUGCCACUUUCAACAGCGAGCUGAUCUUCCCGUUCCUGCACGUCGGGGUGGGGUGCUGGCUUAGGCUGUGCCCCUGAACUGUUCCUUACGCGAGGAGGGAUGAGUGCACGGGAAGUGCCGGGCCAGCUGGCUAGGACUGGGGGACUGGGACUUGGGCCAUCUGGGUUCCAGGCCCCCUCGGACCAUGGUGCUCACGGGGUGGCUUUGGGCCAGUCACAGACUCUCCAGAUCCCUGCCCUCCGCACUUCUAGCCAAGGGAAAGGGCGACAGGGCUCUGUGGGCAAGGACAAGCACAGCAGUUUGAGGCCUGAAAGAUGCUGCUGAAUUUGGCCUCUGUGUGCUGGCCGUGCCCCCAGAAAUCCACUCUGGGAGCAGUGGACUUUGGCUCACUGCAACAGGUUCGCUCAGUGCCUCCAGCUGUGUUCAGCCUGGAUAUUUGUAAAUAAACACAGAUACUAGAUAAUG